ACGAGAUUCUAUUAAUAGCCAGGAAGUGUUUUGGUUUGCAGUGUUGUUGACACCAGUCACGAUGUUUCGAGUUAGCAAAUCAAUGCCAAAGUCGAAUGACUCCAUCAAAGACAAAAUGGAAACUGCGAAGCUCGCAGGAUAUACUAUUUUACCGAGCAGGGAGUCAGCGAAGAAGGCAGUGUUGGUGGCAAAGACGGUGUGUUUGACAGUGUUUAUCAUCUACAUUGCGGUGCCCAUCUUUGUCAGAGCCAACUCCUGGAUUUUGCCCAAAGUUGUUUUCUCUAACCUCGUUCGUUGGCCUCCAUUUAUCGAUUUGUCUAAGCCGUCAGAUUUUGGUCUGAAUACAACCCGGAACUUCUACCUGCAGACAGACAAUGGUGUUCAUGUUGGAGUUUGGCACACCCUGCCAUCGAGCCUGGUGCAAGACGGGGGUCCCGCAGAUCCUUAUGAAUACGAACAGUUGCUGAAGUCUGGGAAGAGGAUUAUUCUGUAUCUCCAUGGCAACAGUGGAACAAGAGGGGGAUAUCACAGAGUACAGCUGUACAAACUACUGGCCAGCUUGGACUUCCAUAUUAUCACUUUUGACUACAGAGGUUUCGGAGACUCCACCGGCACCCCUACCGAGGACGGAGUCGUCCAUGACUCCCACUUCAUGUACCGGUGGAUCAAGGAGAGGAAUAAUGGGCAGCCUAUCUUUCUCUGGGGUCACUCACUCGGCACAGCAAUAACUACAAAAUUAGCAAAGAAGCUCUGUGAACUGGAUGACCAUCCACCAGGCAUCAUCCUGGAGGCCCCCUUUAACAACAUCCGAGAAGCUGCCGCCAACCACCCUUUUGCCAUUCCCUACCGCCUUCUGCCCUGGUUCACCUGGGUCUUCGUUGAUGGCAUCAAGGAACAUGGUAUCCACUUCAGCACUGAUGAAAAUAUUCGGAGUGUGAGUCCCCCCAUUCUGAUCCUCCAUGCAGAGGAUGAUGCUGUGGUGCCAUUCCAUCUUGGAGAAAAGCUGUACGAACACGCCAAACAGUCCAAGCCGGAUCACCAUGCUGUGGUGGAGUUCAAGCGCUUUCCUGCUCACCAUGGUUUUGGGCAUAAACACAUAUUCAAAUCGCCAGAACUGCCUGAGAUUAUCAGGUCUUUUGUUCACAAGGCACUGGAGAGGAAGAAAUAAUCAAGAUAUUGCUGAAAUUUCACAGCGGAACUCAGGGAAUCACGUGAUUAGCAUUCCAAACUGUGGAAUAUAUGGAAAAUGUACUGCUGUUAAUAUUGUGAUACACAACAAACUUCAUUGUAUUCCUGAUCUUUUAGUCUUAUAUUAGGAGAGAGUAUCCUUACACAUGUUCUACGGUUUGUCAUUUCUGAUAUUGAAAGUUCUUCUGCUUUCGUUUCACAGAUGGCCCUAGUGGUCUGCAACACACUGUACAGAGUUGCAUCCCUUUGCCAUGCCAGUUUUUGCUCUAAUGAUGAUCCUUAGUCUGUUAGGACUGUCUUUCGGUGGGGGG